AUGGUUCAGAAUGUUGUCGGAUCUUGGCUGUCCAUGCAACCCUUUCACGGAUGCACCGAGAACCCAAUCCAGGCUGCUGCUGCUACCCAAUGCGACCAGCCUCCAAUAUAUUUACAAUGGCGUAGUAUUGUCACCCUGUUACUCGUCAUCCCAAAACCCGAUCGAGUACAUUCCACGGGACGCCACAGCGGUAGACAAGGCGUUGUUCUAAUCCUUGCAAUGGCUUGGCCACCGUCACCUGUGAGGUGCCUGUUGAAGACCGGUGUGGUUUGGGGUCUCAGUCCCGAAACCCAAGACACCAGCUUGAAUCUGUCAUGA